UUCUUCCAGGCUGAGAGGAGACGGCUGGGCCAAGAUGGCGGCGCCCUGAGAGGCAGGCCAGCAGCGGGAAGCCGCCAGAGCAAGGCCGGGCGACGGUGAGGCCGCGAGAACUAAAGAUUUAUUUCAUAAUCCUCAUCAUACGUUGCCGAAGGCUUUCAUGGCCGGAACCACUGGGUUGCUUUCUGCCAUCAUGAAAAGGGUCGGAUUGAUAGGAGAGACAACAGAGAGCCUGCUUCCCAGCAAAGCAGCUUUUAGGAAAGACCUGAAAACAUGGCUCUUCCGCUGUGCUUGUGCUUGACAGGGGCACCCAUGGGGGACUGGUAGGAGCUGUGCAUGCCGAAGGAGGAGUCACGAUGGCCCAGCCGGGGAACGUGGGCGACCUCCUCGCCAUGCUGGACUCCCCCGUCCUGGCCGUCCUCGAGGACAUCACGGCCGCCUUCACGGAGAACCUCAACUCAGACCGUGGGCCCGUGCUUGUCAACGCCUUGGUGGAUUACUACUUGGAAACCAGUUCUCAGCAAGCCUUGCACAUCCUGUCCACGCUGCAGGAGCCACAUGACAAGCACCUUCUGGACAAGAUCAACGAAUACAUGAGCAAGCCCAGCACCCGCCUCUCCACCCUCUCCCUCCUGGGCCACGUCAUCCGGCGGCAGCCAUCUUGGAAACACAAACUCUCCCAAGCGCCGGUCCUGCUUUCUUUGCUCAAAUGUCUCAAGACCGACGCCGACGUGGUUGUCCUGACGACGGGGGUCCUGGUGCUCAUCACGUUGCUGCCCAUGAUCCCUCAGUCCGGGAAGCAGUAUCUGCACGACUUCUUCGGCAUCUUCGGCCGCCUCUCCUCCUGGUACUUGAAGAACCCAGGCCACGUGGCCGAGAUCUACCUGGUGCACCUCCACGCCAGCGUCUACGCCCUCUUCCACCGCCUCUACGGGAUGUACCCUUGCAACUUCGUGUCUUUUCUGCGCUCGCACUACAGCAUGAAGGAGAACCUGGAGACCUUUGAAGAGGUGGUCAAGCCAAUGAUGGGCUAUGUGCGCAUCCAUCCCGAGCUCGUGACGGGAUCCAAGGACCACGAACUGGACCCUCGGAGGUGGAAGCGGCUGGAGACGCAGGACGUGGUCAUCGAAUGUGCCAAAAUCUCCCUGGACCCUGCCGAGGCCUCCUACGAAGACGGCUACUCCUCGGCCGCCCAGCAGGCCGGGCUGCACAUGCCCCACCACGGCCUGCCCGACCCCGAGGCCGGACCCUUCCUGGCUUCUCAUGGGGCGUCCACGUCCACCCCGUGCCCCGCUUCCCGCCUGGCGCUGUCGCACGCCCCGGGGCCGCUGCCUCAGAUCCUGAACCCGCACCACCCCUUGGGCCUCUCCAUCGAGCAUCAACAGGUCUCUUUCUGGAGCCCCUCGGCCAUUUGCGGCAUGGCCACGCCUCCCACGUCUCCCGGAACAGCCCUCGACUCUUCCCAGAAUUCCUCCCAGCCUUUCAGCAAAUUCUUCGGAACGCCGGCGGUUGGGAAAGGGACUCCGCUGGGGACUCCGGCCACCUCCCCGCCUCCGCCAUCCUCGUCGUCAUGCGUUUCGGAGGAAUCCCUUCAGGGCUCCGUCCCCCCUAAUACGGCUUCAGCUCUCAAGAAGGAGGAAAGGACGGAUCCCGGGCGGCCUUCCUUAUCCCGGCAGCAAAACAUCAACAGCCUGAGAACUUUCGACUCCCAAGGCAGCAAAAGCUCCGUCACCUUGAGUGACCUUCCCAGCAUCUUAGGGGAACUGGAUGGCUCUUUUGAAGACAGUGGCGAGAAGGACCGAGAGGAAGAUGCGAUCUCGAAGGAGAUCUCAGAGAUCACCACCGCGGAUGCGGAGCCCCUGGUGCCGCGGGGAGGCUUUGACUCUCCCUUUUUCCAGUGGGGCGAGGGCCUCUCCGGCUCCAAGAAGCUCCCGUCGGCCAACUCCAGCGCACAGGGGCCGGCCCUGAACUCGGAGCCCUUGCCGCCGCUGAUGUCGUCGUCGUUUCUGGACCCAUUUGGGCCCGAGAGCAACGCCCAGGAAGCGCCCAAGCAGAGCUUCACCCCCAUCGAGCGGCCCUGGUGCCAGUCGGGCGGGCGGGAGAGCGGGGCCGCGUCCGCCUUGUCGGCGCCCCUGGAUCCGGGCGUGCUGACCCCCAGCCCUUGCAAGGGAGCCCGGCCCGGCUGCGAGGGGCCCUCGCGCUACGAGCACCUCUUCGAGGUGGCCCUGCCCAAGACGGCCUACCUGUUUGUGGGCAGGAAGACAGAGGAGGUGCUGAGGAAGGUCCGAGGCGGAGGGGUCGGUGGAGGAGGGGGGCCGCAGCAGGAGGAGGGGCGCUGCUCCCCGGCCUCCCCCCUGGAAGUGCUGGACCGCCUCCUCCAGUACGGAGCGGACGCCCACAGCCGGGAGCUCAACAAGCUGCCCUUGCCAAGUAAAUCUGCCGACUGGACUCACUUUGGAGGUUCCCCUCCCUCGGACGAGAUCCACACGCUGCGCAACCAGCUGCGCCUGCUGCACAACCAGCUCCUGUACGAGCGCUUCAAGCGGCAGCAGCACGCCCUGCGCAACCGCCGCCUCCUGCGCAAGGUCAUCAAGGCCGCCGCCCUGGAAGAGCACAACGCCGCCAUGAAAGACCAGCUGCGCCUGCAGGAGAAGGACAUCCAGGCGCUGAAGCUGAGCCUGCAGAAGGAGCAGGCCAAGGCCCGGCUCUCCCAGGAGGAGAACGCCAGCGCCGUGGCCCAGCUCCAGGGACAGAUCCGACAGCUGCAGCAGGAGCGCCAGGAGUACUACAGGCAGAGCCAGGAGCGGAAGACCAAGCUGGAGGACUGCCACACCGUCAUUGGGGAUCUGCAGCUGGAGCUCAAGAAGGCCAGCAACAAGGUCUGCCACACGGAGCUGCUGCUCAGCCAGGUCUCCCAGAAGCUUUCCAACAGCGAAUCGGUCCAACAGCAGAUGGAGUUCCUGAACCGGCAGCUGCUGGUCCUGGGGGAGGUGAACGAGUUGUACCUGGAGCAGCUCCAGCACAAGCACGCCGACACCACCAAGGAAGUGGAGCUCAUGCAGGCGGCCUUCCGGAAGGAGCAGGAGCGGGCCAAGGGCUGCCUCCUGCAACAGGCCCAGCAGCUGGAGGCCUCCCAGAAGCGCAACCUGGAGCUGGAGGCCCAGCUGGCCAAGCGGGACCACCUCCUCCUGGAGCAGAAGAAGUACCUGGAGGACGUCAAGCUCAAGGCCAGGGGCCAGUUGCAGGCGGUGGAGGCCCGCUACCAGGCCCAGAAGAAGGUCACACAGACCUUUGAGCUGGAGGUCCUGGAUCUCUACGGCCGGCUGGAGAACAACGCGGGGCUGCCGAGGAAGCACGAAGGCGGCGACAACAUGGAAAGCGCGGCAGCGGUGACGGCGGCAGAGGAAAGGAACAGGCUCAGUGGCCCAAAGGACGGCGGCGUUGGCGGCACGGACCCCCUCCUAGUGGGACGCGGCAGCGAAGAGGCCUUGGAUCGCAAUGGCGAGGCCAAACCCCCCGGCGCUUGGGGCCACGGGGGCGGCAGUGGUGGCAGCGGCGAGGCCCCCUCCCCGGAGAAGCGGGAGAGCAGCAACGGCGAAGGUGGGGGUCCGCCCCGGCGCCUGGCGGUGGGCUCCUUCCCCAGCUCGGAGAGCUUCCUGGGGAUGAAGGCGCGGGAGCUGUUCCGGCACAAGAGCGAGGGCCACGCGGCGGAGGAGGAGGGCGGCGGCGGCGGGGGGGCGGGCCCCCCGCUCAGCAGCCUCUGCGGGACCCUCAAGAGCGAACUCUGCAAGGAGGCCCCGCCCCCCAAGACCCCCGAGGGGGAGCCCCUGCCCCUCCUGCUCAGCCCCGGACAGGAGGGCGGCAGCGGAGGGGGCGGGCAGCUCCGCAUCAUGGACUACGACGACGAGGCCCACCCGCAACACCCGCCACACCCGGAUCAGAGCUAGGCCGCCGGAGCAGGAGCAGGACGAGGAGGAGCAGGACCACCGUCUGCCGCAAAGCAUUUCCUAUUUCUGGCACCGGACGAACCCCGGACACUGGAAGCCCCACGUUGCCCGCCCACUCGCCCCGUUCCACCAGGAUGUGGCCCCUCCGGAGUACUGGGAUCGGGGACACGCGUGCAACACGGUGGCCGCCCAGCUUCUCUUCCCAGGCCUUUCUUGUCGGCCUCCCUUCGGCCCCCCAACCCCAGCCCCCUAGGGUCUCCUGGAGGGGCUCCUUGACACCUUCUCCUUCCAAAUCUCCCAACUCCUUCCCUUUGUCGAAUAAGCUGGUAACGGAGCAGCAGCGCCUCCCCAAGGCUUUCCUCGGGUGAAGCGGACAGACGGCGGGUGGGAAUCCUGCUGGGGGUGGUCUUCCCGGUAUAGGGGCCCCCGAGUGGGGUUGGGGUCCUUUUGUGGGGAGCCGGUGGGGUCCAUCCUUCCCUCCCUCUUUUCCUUUCAUCUUCCCCUCCUUCCUUCCCCCCCUUCCUUCCUUCCAUCCAUCCAUCCAUCCAUCCAUCAUUCCUUCCUUCCUUCCUUCUUUCCUUCCUUCCAUCCAUCCAUCCAUCUUUCCUUCCUUCCUUCCUUCCUUCCUUCCUUCCUUCCAUCCAUCUUUCCUUCCUUCCUUCCUUUUUUCUUUCCUUCCUUCCUUCCUUUUUUCUUUCCUUCCUUCCUUCCAUCCUCCCUUCCUCCCUCCCUCCCUCUCUCACUCCCUACUUCUCUCAAUUUCUUCCAUCUUUCCUUUCUUCCUCCUUUUCUUUUCAUCUUUCCUUUCUUCUUUUCUCUCCCUUCCUCUCUUUCCUUCCUUCCUUUGAUCCUUCCUUCAGCCCUUCCUCCUUCCAUCUUUCCUCCUUCCUUUCCAACUUCCUUUCCUUCCUUUCUCCUUCCCUCCCUCCCUUUCUUCUUUCCUUCCUUCCUUCCUUUCCCCCCUCUCUUUGGGAACUGAAUCGUUUGGGUCUUGUUUAAGAAGAUGCGGAACGAAGUGCUGGCGGUGGGUGUCCUGUCCCCCUCCCCAGCCCACCCGCCGCUCCAUGGGCUCCAUCCAGAGGCAUUCAACCCUCCCAGUGACGUUCCCCAUCCUCCCCAGUACAAGGAAUUGGCUCCUGGAGAGGCUUCGGCUUUGUCCCUCCCAAAGCAUAUCUAAGGAAACUUGGGUCUCCUGGGUGAAUUUUCUCUCCGGCCAACGGACCACCGGGAUGAUGGACGGAGGACACCGGGAUGAUGGACGGAGGAUAACGGCCCGUCCUUCGCUCUUUUCUCAGAAUCAUGGAUGUAGCAAAAAAACAAAAAAGUGCCGUUUGUUGGCAGAAGGGGUCUCAUUGGUUCAAGCUGGACUGCUCUUCGGAAGCACGGCCGACGACAGACAGACGACAAUGGAAAACGGAUGCCGUAAAUACGAAAUGACGACGUGAAAUGGUACUAUCUAAGCUAAGAGAGGACUCUUUUGGGGGGAGGGAGGGGGGAGGCCUACGUCAGGGCGGUUCUGCUUGUGUUUAACUGUGAACAAAAAAUAAAAGGAAAGCGUAUUGUUUUGCA